AUGAAGUCCCAUAUCGUGCUUGGUUGCGUCGCAGCAGUGGUCUCCUCCGCAGCACAGUCAAUAGGCCUCAUUCUACAGAGGAAAUCGUACUUAUCCCCUUCUAGCGAGUCAUCCUCCUCGUGGUAUAAUACCAACAGACAGCUUUGGCACCUUGGGCUCUUUCUUUUUCUAUCGGCUAACAUCUUUGGCUCCUCCAUACAAAUCACAUCCUUGCCCCUGAUUCUAUUGUCUCCACUGCAAUCCAUCGGGUUGGUCUUUAACACCCUCUUCCAUUCCAUUCUACUGGACGAAGAGUUCACAGACUACUCCCUCUAUGGGUCCAUCCUUAUAGCACUCGGCGCAGUGCUGACGGCGUACACGGGAGGCUACCUGGUGGAACCCGACCAUAACUUGUCCCAGUUUCUGCAGUUCGCUAGGGGCAGCCUAUUCAGAUCAUGGGUGUUCUCCAAUGUGGCUAUUGUGUCUAUACUUUCUGCAUGGAUCUUGCUCAUCAAUUCCCAGCUCAACCGCAACUUCAUAACCUUGUCUUUGCAUAACAACCAAUUUCUAAUCGCAAGGUGGUUGACCGCCCUCUUCUCCCUCUCGCCUCAAGAGUUACAAAAGCUGAAAGGUUGCUUGUACGGCUCCAUAUCAGGUAUCUUGUCUGCAUAUUCCUUAUUGAUGGCAAAGUCAAGCAUAGAUAUCCUCAUUGAUACUUUCUCCAAUAAAAAUUGGACAUCCUUGUUGAAUUUCUCAGCCUUCUCGAUUGUCUUGAUCUUCGUCUCUUUGGGAUUGUCCCAACUCUUCCUAUUGAAUAAGGGACUGCAAAAUAUAUCGACUUCCAUCCUUUACCCCCUAGUGUUUUUUAUUUUCAACCUGACAAGUAUUUCCAACUCGUUGAUUUUCUACCAACAGCUCGACCAAAUCACCAUUUUUUUGUUUCUCUCCCUAUUGGUAGGCUCCCUGUCAAUCAUCUCAGGUGUCUUCUUGCUAUCCAAAAAUAAAUGCCAGGACCAGCCAAUCAAACUACCAACUUCACCGGCUUCAGUCGCACCUUCCCCCACGGAUUCCCAUUAUGUCUCCUUCAAUUCACUACGUGACUUGAAUCCCUCAGAUGACGAUUCAGUGGAUAACGACAACUUCCUACAGCCAAUCAUUGGCAAAAUCAAAAAACAAUCGAGUACCUCCGAUUUGAUGCCUUCCUCGUAUAAAUCUUCAAUAUCCUUCUCAAUAAAAAAUCUCUCAAACUCCCUCAAUAAUAGCUAUAACCAUAAUCACAACCACAAUCAUAGCUAUACCAAUAACCACAGCCAUAAUCAAAGCCUAAAUUACAACUCGUCCCAAUGGAAGGACGACGACUAUAACCCAAAUAAUACGUUCAACUAUUCUGCAAACAAUACUCUUGAAGAAAUCCAAAAUCAAAUGGCAGCAUAUACAGAUGAACCAAAAUCCCCAAUUCGUUUGCCAAAGCGACAAGAUUUGGAUACAAAGAAAUACCACGAUCAUUUGAAAAAAGUCUCCGAGUUGCAAGCCAACACCAAACAUAAAAGAGUGUUAUCCUAUGAACAAUCCUUGCUUCUUAACGAACUCAGAAAAUAA